AUAAUCCAACGACACAGAUUUCCGUAAAAAUCUAAAUUUUUUGACCGUCAUAGGCAGCAACCUUAAGAUUCUCUACAACCAUUCUUCUGACUUGUUUCAUAUUUUAGGUGGCGUCUCUCUAUCCAUUCUAUCCAUAGAAAUCACAAGGCGUAUCAUUCUCUCGAGUGCUGAUUUGUCAGCCCUAUCUUCUUCUAUGGCAGAAAGCUGCAUAAUUUAGUCGAACGGGCUUGUCACGCGACAAUCACAGCUGAGGCAAGUUCCUUACUGAUAUCCACACGAUUAAUAGGUCUUGUAACUUUAUAAUAAGCUGCUUAAACCAAGUGAGGUCUCGUUGCAUGUUGCCUGGUUCGUCUUAACCUGGUAGUUUUGCAGCUAUGUCUGAGUGUCGUGUGAUUGCUGGCGACGAGUCUGUAGCAGAUGGCUUCUCGUACAAGGUCGAUAUCCUCACUGGCGAUGUAUAUGGAGCGGGGACUGAUGCUAACGUACUCAUUACCAUAUAUGGGGAGGACGGUGAUUCUGGCCAGCAGUUGCUUGAUAAUUCGGGAAACAACUUCGAGCGGGGAACAAAAGACCACUUCCAUUUGGUCACUAACAAGUACCUCGGACGAAUAACUAAGAUCCAUAUCGGGCAUGAUAACACUGGACUUGGGGCCGCGUGGAACCUCGGGAAGGUUAUGGUUGAAGACGUCAAAAGCCGAGAAGUGUUCGUCUUUCCGUGCGACCGCUGGUUCUCUGUUGAAGAAGACGACGGGCUCACAUCACGUGAUCUGUUCUGGAGUACUGUAGAGCGCAAGAAAGAGAAUGCUGAAGGCCAGUACACUAUCCACAUAUUCACCGGAGACGUGUGGGGAGCUGGGACCGACGCUAACGUUCUUGUUACCUUAUAUGGUACAAAAGGAGACUCGGGGGAACAUAAGCUUGAUAACGAAGGAGAAAACAACUUCGAGCAGGGGAUGAAGGACACAUUCAAUAUCAAAUGCUCGCAGUCUUUGGGGACGGUUUACAAAGUGCGCAUUGGACAUGACAACACCGGAUGGGGACCAGGGUGGUUCUUAGAUAAGGUCGUCGUAGAAGAUGACAGCUCUGGCGAAGUCGUCGAGUUUUCGUGUAACAUGUGGUUCGCGACAAACGCUGACGAUGGUCUUAUUACCCGAGAGCUUAUUCGGGAGGGCUUCGUGGAAGAGUCGGACUCCGGCCUACAAAAGGCCACCUACACCGUCAAUAUCUUCACGGGCAAUGUAUGGGGAGCUGGGACCGACGCUAACAUCCUGCUGACUCUGUACGGGACCGAGGGGGAGUCGGACGAGUUCCAGAUUGAAAACGAGGGGCAGGCCACUUUCGAGACGGGGAUGAUAGACACGUACAAAUUUGAAUGCUCUUACUUGGGUGAUUUGGUGAAACUUCGUAUCGGUCACGAUAAUACCGGCUGGGGGCCAGGGUGGUAUCUCGACAAGGUGACCGUCGAUGACUCCAAGUCCGGGGACACCGCCUUUUUCCCCUGUGGAAAGUGGUUUGCUACUGACUCAGAUGAUGGACUGAUCACACGAGUGUUAACCCGAGAGGGGGGGCCCGCUAGCACUGUUAUCAUCGAUACAGAAAACGUCAAGGCUGGGCCUCUUGGACUAGAAAGUCAUUCUAUUCCUGACGAUCACAUCACAGCGUCAUCCCACGCCCCACCCACCCCUCCCUUCAACGCUAGGCUAAACAACUCCGUAGCGUGGUGUGCAGGCGAUUCUUAUGACUGCUGGCUACAAGUCGACCUAGGGGGGACCCACUGCGUCACUUCUGUCGCUACGCAGGGGAACCCUAGCGGGAACAAUGAUUACGUCAAGAAAUACCGUCUGCAGUACUCUCUUGACGGCGAGACCUGGGUCACCCACGAGGAGAAUGGAAACCAGAUCUUUGACGCCAACGAGGAUCAUGAUUCAGUAAAGACAGUUAGUCUUCAGCAACCGAUAGUUGGCCGGUUUGUCCGGUUCUGUCCGGUCGAGUGGUACUGCUGGCCUUGCCUCAGGGUGGAGUUGUACGGCGUCCUUGUCCUGGGAGAUAAUGUUGAAAUCAAGACAGUCACCCACAUUAUAGAGAAAAUAUCAGUGGAAAAUGAGGCAAUAGUUGAAAACCAACCCGUUAGGCAAGACGACACAGAUAAGCAAGACAAACAAGAAAAAGAAAACAAGCAAGUCGAGGAAGAACAACAAGACGAACCUGUUAAGCAGGAUGAACAAGAAAACCGAGACGAACCAGUCGAACAGAAUGAACAAGAGAAACAAGAGAAGGCCCUAGACGCUGUGCAGAACAUAAUUAAUGAAGAGCUUAGAAUGGCUGCCGCUGAAGAAAGGAAAAAAGAAAUAGAAAACAAAAAGAAGGAAAUUGACGACGAAAUGAGAAAACUGGAAGAAGAAAGAACUGAGAGAGAUAGACAAAAAGAAGAGGAAAGAAAACGCCGAGAGGAAGAGGAAAAGAAGAAAAGAGAAGACGAAGUGAAGAGGGAAGAGGAAGGGCGGCGACAAAAGGUUGAAGCUGAGCUAAAGCUCAUUGAAGAUGAACACAAACAGAGGCUGGAAGAGCUGGAGAAAAAGACAAAGAAAGAAGAGGAGAAGAAAAGGUCGGAGCACGUUAAUAAUGACGAGGAAUUGGACAGGCUGCAGGAAGAGAUCAAACAAAUGGGGGAAGAGAACGAGAAGAGGUACGAAGAGGAAAAACAGAAAAUUGAAGACGACAAAAAGCGAUGGGAAGAGGAAAGAAAAUUACGAGAGGAUGAAAUCAAUCAAAUGUUUAAUGAUGACCAGGAGAAGAGAGAGGGGGACUGGAGAAUCAAAGAGAGUGGAAUUGGGAAAGAUUUUGAUAGAAUUAAAGAUGGUGAGCGUGAAACGAUUAUGAUAAAAACGGAGGAGAAGGUAGAGAAUGAGGUUACUAACGAGGAUGAGAAAUAUCAGCGGCACAACGGGACGCACACCGAAACCCGAACUACCGUUGAAGUGAUUCAUAUAGCCCCAAUGGAUGACGAACAUCGGUCUAAAGACGAUGAUAGGCACUUAGACCCAUCCGAGGUUAUUCAAAUUGUCAUAAGCGACGCGAGUGACACGGAGGACGACGAUGAAGUGGGUGACAGAGACAAGGAAGUGAGUCUUGCAAAAGACAAAAGCCGUAACGAGACAUCAAAGGAAGAUGAUACAGAUGAGUUCCAAAGGAUUAUGACAGAAAUAAAGAUGAGAGCAGAAAAAAAAGAUGAGGAGAGACAUCUGAGGGAGGAAGAAGAGGAAAGGCAGAGAAAGGAAGCGGCGAAAGGGAAAAAGGAAGAGGAGGAGAAAAAAGAGAAAGAAGCCGAGGAGCGCAGAAGAGCGGAAGACGAGGAGAGAAUUAAAAAGCAAGCAGAAAAAGAUAGGAAAAAAGCCAUUAAAAAGAGAAAGAGGCGAAGCUGGAAAGAUUCUAUGGCAUCUUUGGAAUCGGAGUCAUCAACAACAUCGUCAUCGUCAUCAUCUGAAGACGAAACCGAAAAGAAAUGGGUAUCCAAUAUAGAUCUGAAGGGCUUCAAUGCUCCAAUCGCCGAUAUGGAUGACGACGAAGAAGGUGUUACGCGCGUUGUAACGUACCGCACAAAGACGACGACCACCACCCGGGUGGUGAGCUGGCCUGGCGCCUACUUCUUCAAGCCGAUAGAGCCUGGGAAGGGACAAGGACCCCUUCCGGAGGAAGUGGGGGUGAUCUUUAGCUUGGAGGAAGUGAAUCCGUACCAAGGACAAGCGUGCUGUGACCACUUGAAGCCCGUAGAUCCGGCUGUCAGGACGGCGCAAGAGUGCAGUUUCCAUGACAAAUUGACUGAAGACGCCCGACCCUUGCCUUCGUGGUACGGUGAUAACGAGAGCAUCCUGCAGCUGUACACGCCAUUCAGCGCCAUCAGAGAAGACGACAUCCACCGCCUGAUGGACUGGGAGACAGAAGGCACACGAGGGUGGAAGAGGCUCAAGAGGUCACGUGACUGUGAAGUAUGGAGCAGACGAUCAUACGAGGGCGGGCCGCCAAUCACUAAGGCCAUAGUCAAAUUAGGUGGCGUCCCUUAUGACGAAGCGGUGAAGCUUCUCCAGGACUGGGGCACUCGCCAUCACUGGGAUAAGACUUUCGACAGAAUUGAUGUCCUCGAGAUGGUUGACGACUCGUCAUCACUACUCAUUCACUGCCCCAUAAAGAAGCGCGAUUUUGUGCUGGCCACUUUGAACAAAGAAGAGAAGAGCGAACCAUACUUCGCAUCAGCUUGGCGUAACACGACGCACCCAAACACUCGAAACGAGAAGAUAAAACCACUCAAGUUGGACUACUUAUUCGCGGGACUUGUCGUCCGUCCGCAGUCCGUCGAUAACAGCUCUUCGCUGGUCACCAUCAUUUGCCAAGUUAAAGGGUCAGUUCCCUCUCAGGCCAAGGGCACUUUCUUAGCCGCUGACCCAGCCAAAUGGGCGGCUAGUCUCAAGAAAUUCCACGCGCAGAAUUUCAAGAUGAAGGCGCAAGAUGAAGGCCCACAGCAACACGGGAAACAACAGACGAAUAUCGACAGUCUCUAAAAACCCGUUUUUUACAAACGUAGGGAAUGAAGCUGAGACGGAGAAGAAGUAAAAAGCAACCGUUCCUACCUUCCUGAUUGCGUAUCAUCCGCGCUGAUUCGCACAAACGCAGUUAGCACCGUACUCUUCUCCGUCUCUGUUUUCUUCACCAGCAAAAAGGAGCCUUUUUGAAACUUUUUCUAAUACCUAGCGCUUUUUAUUUUAACCUUCAAUAUCUACUGCGGAAAGUGAAUUGCAAAAUUUUGCAUGGUCAGCUGAUCAUUCGUAAAUUCUUUCGUUCGUUCCAACGUAUGUUAGUAGCAUUGUAUGUUAAUGUCCAACCCAGGUAUUCUUAAGUUCACGCCAAUUCUUUACGUUCGCCCAAUCAAAGUCUUUUAAAAGGAAAUAAAGGGGUAUAAACGUUUUUAUCUCAUUUUUUUAAAUAAACCGGUUUUCAUUUACUCAAUUCUUUAAAUGAUAAAUUGCGCUUAGCGCACUGUAAUGUUUACCAUUUGCAUACAUACAAUGAAGUAAAUUCACAAACUGUCAUUUUGGACGUUAUCUAAUUUUGUUAAAGAUUUCAGUUAACGUAAAGCUGUUAUUGAUACAAUUAAACCAAUGAUUAUCUUU